GCCGGGUCGUGGACGUGGAAAAUGGAAUCAUCUGUGAAAACAUCCCGAUUAUCACCCCCACCGGGGACGUGGUGGUGGCCAGCCUGAACCUCAGGGUGGACGGGGACAUGCAUCUUCUCAUCACCGGCCCCAAUGGCUGCGGGAAGAGCUCCCUGUUCCGGAUCCUCGGGGGCCUCUGGCCGGCCUACGGGGGGGUCCUCUACAAACCGCCCCCCCAGCGCAUGUUCUACGUCCCCCAGAGGCCCUACAUGUCGGUGGGCUCCCUGCGGGACCAGGUGAUCUACCCCGACACCGCCCGGGACAUGGCGCGGAAGGGGCUGACGGACGCCCACCUGGAGCAGAUCCUCAGCAUCGUCAGCCUCAACUACAUCGUCCAGCGGGAGGGAGGUAGGGGGGAUGGGGCACAGUUGGGGGAUGGG